UAAACCAAGGUGAGGCAUUGACAUUUCGGUAGAGUUCUAUAUUAUCAGCGACAGUCGGUGAUAAACAAUUCAAUAUUGACAUGAUGUAAUGGAUCUGUACGGACGUAUGUCUGACCAACAGGAACGAUGAAGACACCAAUAACGGUCUGGAAUCUGUGGAUUUUAACUCUGUGGUUCGUGUGUGGAUUCGGUGCCAAUACGAACCUGAACUGUUCUGACUACAAAGGCAACAUCAUCCAGGAUGGGAAAACAUUCCAGCCGACCAAGGAUAUGUGUCAGACAUGUCGGUGUGACAAUGGAUUCCCCAUCAUGUGUCAAUCCGUUAAGUGUGCCCCGCCUACCACCCCCUGUAACUGGAAACCUCUCGUCGACCAGUGCUGCAAAUUUGAGUGUCCAGAUACAAAUGUUAUAGGAGGGGGAGAUAACUCUAUCAACAGCACCAAACCGGUAGAUAAUGAGGUGGAUGAGGCAUCAUCAGACAGCAUCACCACACUGGGGCUCCGCCUGGUGGCCAGUACCGUCACAUCCUUCCUUGUGUUAGCCCUCCUGCUCUUCAUGGUCCACCGCCUUCGCCAGCGUCGCCUGAUGAUAGCUAUGAGACGUUACCAAGACAACCGACUAGAGCAGAUGGAGGAUAUGGAGGAUAGGGUGAUCCCCGAGUACUGGCUUCAGUGCCCUCCGUAUGAAGAUCCACCACCUCCAUACACCCCACCAAAGCCUGACCCUCGUUUGACCCCAAGGGAGGCACCUCCACCAUAUGAGGAAGUACCCAGCAACAAUAAUAAUAUCAACAUGACUACCAUAACACAAAACUCAUCACAAGGAAAUGGUCAUGUAGAGCAGGGAAUGCCCCGUAAUGUCAGUCAUGUAAACCAUGAACGCCAGGCAUCUGAUAGCAUACAGGACGCUCUCAACACUGAGCUACUUCAGAGUCUCCGUUUCCGUCAGCAACUACUGUCACGCAGCAGCUCAGAGGAGUCUGUGGAUUUAUCUGUGCCCAAUCACAGGGCUCAUUACAUCCGCAAGUCCAAUUCAACUGUCAAUGCCAGGGGUCUGUGUGAGGGCAACAGAAAUGUAGCAGGGGAAGGUAACUCCGAUCGAAAUAGUCAUAAUAAUGGUGUACUUGGGGGAACUUGCAGAGUAGGCCACACAAAUAGCUUUGCCCUUCCACCAUCUUUGUCUUGUGGAUAUGAUACUGUACCUUGGCACAAAACUGGCUUCAGUCUCCCCAAAUCAUGCUCCAAUACAGCAGUCACGAGGUCUAGGAAUGGAAACCAGGAACGCCCUAUCAGGAGGUCACGUUCUGGAUCAAGUAAUGUCAAACAGUGUUCUUAUAGAGGUAUGUUGCCAAGAGAACGAGACUUACGUGAACCAGAAGAUUUGUGUAGACUGGAGGAAAUGUCGCUGGAGUUGUACAACAAUAAUAUAGAGACUAACAGUAACAGGGCCGCUGAUGGUGAAUCUUUACCGUUCAGUCAGCCGUCAGAGCGAAGAGUUGUUGCUGAUAUAGCAGAUACGUUGGAAGGCUAUGUUCCGCCGUCCUUUCUGGAUCAAUCUGACAACAGGACGGUAUCUUCUUCCUCGAAAAAGAAGCCUACAUCACGUCACCAGAGAUACGGUUCUCUUCCUUCCAACAUAUGCACAGACACACACAUGUACGCCAGUGGUAGUGCAGGACAUGUACGUAGCAGUUCACACGACAGCACUGGAAAUGGCGCCCAGGUCUCCCUUAUAGAUCCAUGUCCUUUGUUACCUAGUGUACAUGAUAGUGAAAUAAUGACGAUGACUUCUGAUCGUUACAGUAGGGAUCGGUGUGAUAAUGUGGACAGAAAUGAGCUGAUGUUUCGUUCUCCACGGAGGCCACAAAGUCUCGAGCAUCUACGUCACCCCAGCCAUACAUUUAAUACUACCGAUAUCUCAACAAUAUCUGAAUCUGGAUUGUCAGGGUGUGACAGCUCCUCCCAACAACAACCUACACAGCAACAACAGAACUUACAGGACUUACAAGCACUUCGGGAACUAAGGCUAUCAAACUUGUUACGGAGUCCAGAGAGUGGCUCUGUAAAUAUUGCUAAUUCUCCACCUUCACCUGUGCAGUCUCUCCCUAUUCAGAAUGCGGCAAUGCCUCGUUCCAGCUCCAUUGUUUCAGAUGUUUCAAUGUUUUCUGUAUGUUCAGAGACUGGAGAGAAAAAGCUCUCCCAAAUCACUGGUCAGGCACUGAGAAGUGAUGCACAGUAUCCAGAAAAUGCUUUUGUAGGACGCCCAGUACUCUCCUUGUUUUCAGGGGCAGACAACUCUUUAUCUACAAAAAGGGUAGAAGAUGCUGGUAACAACACGGCCAGAGGAAAUGUGACAGGCAACUGUUCUCUUACUUGUGAAACUAUCGCUGAUAAUCAGAAUGGUAAUAUUCUGGAAAACAGUAAAGUCAAAUCUGAUAGCUGUGAAGGAAAUGAAAGGUGUUGUGAUAAAAAAGACAGAGGCUUAGACCUUGUUAAUCAUAGAAAAGACGAAAAACAUAAAUCUAGUAGAGAAAGUCGACUACCGCAUGUUAAAUUACGUCACAAAAAUAAACACCGGACUCAUCGGUCCUCGUCAGGUAGUGUUUCAUCUGGUAGUAAAAAAAGACACUCGCUAACAUCUGAUUCACCUUCAGAGUCCACUACUAAUAUACGACCUUUGCCAAGAUCAAGGUCAGAGGUCAAGAACUCAGAGGAACACUCUGCUCUGAGAAAGCAAUAUAAAAUGAAAAGGGGAGAUCAACAAUUUGUACACUGUGAUGCGGCUCCCCCUGUUGGGCAUAGUGAUCAUUUGUUUCAUGGGGAACAUGAUCAUGUGACUUGUUCUCCAGGAGCCAACAAUUGGGGUGAGGUUUCAGGGUUGUAUGCUGUUACUAGUAUUAUGGGUGAUGUGCGGCACUCAAAAUCAAAAUCAAAGUUGAAUGCCGCCCACAAAUCUGGAAGUGGAAGCAACAAACUACAAAAAUCCCCAACAGAUAAUAACUCUAGUCUCUUUUGUCCAACAAAUGUAGCCUUUGUGAAAAAGAAAGUCAAGUCAAGUAAGCGAGGUCGCCAUGGAAAUCCUGCUGAACAAAGAUCGCCCAACAUCAAAAUCGGUGGUUAUUCUCUAGCGGGUUGUAAAGUCCCAAACAGUGGUUUAGACAUUGAAUUAUCUCCCAUGCAUGAACUUUCAGACAGUGGCAUGAAAUUCAAAGAUGGCAUUUUUGUUGAUAAUCAAGAUGGAGUUUUGUCAGAGUCUAGGUCCAAUAUGGAUAAUAACAACUAUAGUAUGUAAUGUGAUACAAAAUCAAUUUAUCAUCCAGGUACAGUGAUACAAUAUAGAUAAUAACAACUAUAGUAUGUAAUGUGAUACAAAAUCAAUUUAUCAUCCAGGUACAGUGAUACAAUAUAGAUAAUAACAACUAUAGUAUGUAAUGUGAUACAAAAUCAAUUUAUCAUCCAGGUACAGUGACACAAUAUAGGAGUGUUUGUAUAUAGCAAAGUUGAACCUUUUUUGUUGCUGAAGUUACACAUACAAAAUUCAGGCAUUAGUUUGACAACAAUUACCAUCAGAAUUUGUAAGUAUUGGAGUCUUCAAAGAUAAGUCUACAUGUUAACUCGAUCAGUUUUUAGACACUUGCCUGUCUGAUGGAUGGUACUCUACUGCUAAUAAUUUUCAUUGAAUCAGAAAAUCACUUUUCAUUAAUGUCCACUGUAUAAUUAUACUCGUUCAUUGUCAGGUGGAAAUAACAAAAUCAUCAAUUGUCAUCAUAAUUUUGAAAAAAUGUAUCGCAAAUUUCUUCUCAUUCUGAAUCUCUGAAGGAAACAUGGCUCGUAUUGAUGCAUAAAGAUCUGUUAUACAUCAACUAUUAAGAUGAUUUUUUGUGUUCACCUUCGAUUUCAAUACAGUCUCUUCUCCUUUAUCUUUCUUAAAAUAAAUUUGUAAAAGGCUAAAAUUUGACAUUAAAAGCAUGUUUUCAUUAGAAAUUGGUACAGAUGUAAAGUAAGUCAGAUCUAAAAUAAACAAGGCUUCAGAAUGGAGUUCAUGUCAGGUCAUAGGAAACAAAUUUCUUAGUGUACAUGUUGGGGGGAGGGGG